AUGGAUUAUAAUCCAUAUCAGAAUGGGUCUAAUUUUGUUGAUCUUCUAACCAGUCAACAAGAAAGUGUCUUCGGUCAUUCACAAGAUCCCUUCACGGCCACUCAACGUAGUGAAGAGACUUUUGUUGAGCGUAGAGAACGCCGCACAUGGACACCUAGAGAUGACAUUGUCCUCAUAAGCGCAUGGCUCAACACAAGUAAAGACCCGGUGGUUGGAAAUGAGCAGCGUUCAGGUGAUUUCUGGAAGCGAGUUGGAGCCUACUUCGCGGCAAGCCCGAAGGCUGCAAAGAGGGGGAAAACAAGUGGACAAAAUGACAAUGACGUUCUGAAGAAAGCACAUGAGAUCUUCUACACGAACCAUAAGAAGUUCAGACUCGAGCAUGCGUUUAUGGAGCUGCGUCACGACCAGAAAUGGUGUGAUCUUUCAAGCUCUAAAACCGAAGGAAGCUCAAGGAAGAGGAAAUAUGAGGACGGUGCACAAUCUUCAACCUCUCACGCUACUGAAGCUAACACGUCUGAAGCUGAUGAAGCAAGCAAUCGACCACCGGGUGUGAAGGCGGCUAAGGCGCGGGGUAAGAAAACGACGUCUGAUGAGAUACCUCUGUCUAAGUUUCAGACGAUGUGGUCCAUUAAACAACAGGAUCUUGUUGUCAAAGAAAGGCUAUCCAAGAUGUCUCUGCUUGAUAGUCUUAUUGGAAAAGAAGGACCACUAACUGACUCUGAGGAAGCUCUGAAGAAGAAGCUGAUCACUGACUUGUUGUCUGUUUGA